CACUGUAGCUAUUUGUUUUGGUUCUCCAUCCGUCAUCAGCUGUGUUUUCGAAAUCUUUUGCAUAAAAUUUCCGAUUUAUUCAUAAAUUCUACGGAAUAAACCCCAGAAACAAGCCCAUCAUGGCCAGUUCGAAUCUCCCGCCGACCUACGCAGAGGUGAUGGCCGAAAAUACCCAACAAAUGGGACAAGAUUCAGCGGCCGUGAUCACGGUGGCUCCAUCGGCUCCUUAUCCACAGCAAGCUUACUACCCGAGUCCGUAUCCAAAUGUACCGGCCCAACCGAUGCCAAACUACGGUUCGAUGGAUUCUUCGGCGGCAAAGGUUCCCCUUCCGAUUGUAGUGCCGCCAAGUGGACCGAGUGGAGGUCCUGGAGGUUCUGGUAUUGCCGCUACCACCACCACGCAUGUGGUGAUUCCCCAGGAAAUCAUUGUGGUUGGUGGAUGUCCAGCUUGUCGGAUUGGCAUGCUGGAGGAUGAUUACACUUGUUGCGGAAUCUGUUGCGCGAUUUUCUUCUUCCCAGUCGGAAUACUGUGCUGUCUGGCCAUGAAGAAUCGUCGCUGCACCAACUGUGGGGCUCAGUUCUAGAGGGAGAGGGUUUAGGGAUACGAUCCGCGUAAAGUGAUCUGAUUAAUCGUGUUACCGAGCUAAUGGACGGAGAGUUAUACGACAGAGCUGUCGAGAGGACCGCUUCGAGUAUACAACAUUCGGGUAUGUAUUACCGGAUAUUUAGGAUAGGCCAAAAAUCUCUAUGUUACACUACAAUGUAAAAUAAAAUUAGUUAAAA